CCUCGAGCUCCAUGCGGGCCCGGAGGGGUCCUUCACACAGAGCCACUGAGAGGCGCCCUCCAAAGAAGCUGAAAUGUGACAAGAGAAAUCGAGCGAAGCUGAAGAUACCCGAGGUGGAUGUUUGUGGAAACAGCAGCAGCGUCUGCUCAAAGGAGCCAGCAAAAAAAAUAUCAGAAGCGGAUGAGCGCUCGCCAAACUUGCCCGUCCUGAAGAUGAUGCUUCAAAGUGAAGGGAAAGCGAUUCCAAAGAUUAGCGAGGAACUGCAGGUCGACCGAGCCAACUUUUGCGCAGAAACGUCAGCCUCUGGUGCAAACAGCUACUCGCCGGAGGCUGAGAGCGAGCCUUUGUUCCUGACCUGUGUCCAAAACGUAGAGGAGGAAGAGGAGGAGGAGGAGAGGGAAGACGAGAGCUGUGGAACUGGUUGCUCGGACGACUCGGAAAUGGAACCCGAGGAGCCGCAGGACUGUUUCCUCGAGCCGGACAACAGCGCAUUCCUGAAUGAGGACAGUAACCAGCCGCUGCCGGUGGACCGGUUCUUCGGAAGUGUGGCGUUCAUGCAGGACCUCCCGCCUCCUUCUCUUGCCAGGGCACCCACCAACAGGCGAGAACUCCGGAAGCUGCACUUCAUAGCCAAGGAGGACGACGACGACGAAGAUGUCAUCUGA